AUGAGUGAGGUAACCUACAGGGUAUCUACACAAAAUUCAAUAAUGUCGAAGCCCCAAGCAUCUGAAAUGAAGCCAUCGAUAUCCUGGGGGAAUUGUAUCUGUCUACCAACGUUGGUCUCGAGACAAAGUAGGCGUGCUUCCACACUACUCAAACAGGUGCAAAAUUGCCGAUCUCAACAACAAACAUCACAGAUAAGAACGUAUUCUAAAAUAAAAGAUGAACCCAAUACUACAUCUUCACUUUAUUCUUCUGAUACUUUAGUCGAUGUCAAAUUAUCCCACAUUGAUACGACAAGAAGAUUAGAAGCAUUGAGGAAACAAAUGGAGUUGGAAAACUUGUGUUGCUAUAUCGUCCCCAGUGAAGAUGAACAUCAAUCUGAAUAUGUCACGGAAGCUGAUGAAAGAAGGAAAUUUAUUUCUGGGUUUUCUGGUUCUGCAGGGAUAGCAUGCAUUACAAGAAAUCCCCUAGAUGCUGGCGGUGAAGCAAUCCUGAGCACUGACGGAAGGUAUUUCAAUCAGGCCGGGAAAGAACUUGAUAAGAAUUGGAAACUAGUUAAGCAGGGUGAAGCUCCAUUUACCUGGCAGGAAUGGUGUGUAAGGAAGGCGAAGGAACUGUCCCAGAGGGCAAACGGUAGGGAGAUGAAGAUUGGCAUUGACCCAAAAUUAAUUCGUUUCGAUCAAGUGAUCCAAUUUAACAAGAUAAUUAGGCGUGAAGUAUCAUCAUCAGAUACAAAAGACAAUGUGGAAGUAGAGUUGACCCCUGUACAAAGAAACUUGGUAGAUUCUAUAUGGAAUGAAUUUGAUGUUAAACCUUCCCGCCCAAACAACAAAUUACUCUUAUUACCAGAUAUAUUUAGCGGUGAAGAUUUUAUAAGUAAAAGAACCCGCUUAUUAAAAUUGAUUGACGAGAAGUACGGUACUAUUAACAAGAAAAAUUUAAUACUUGUUGCGUUAGAUGAUAUUUGUUGGUUUUUGAAUUUACGAGGAUCUGAUAUUCCAUAUAAUCCUGUAUUUUUCUCUUAUUUGAUGGUAAAUGUGAAUGAGACGGUAUUAUUUACUGAUAAUCCAUUUAACAAUAACAUUAAGGACUACUUCAGUAAAAAUAAUAUUAAAGUGAAGCCAUAUUCAUCUAUUUGGGAAAAUUUGCAAAGUGUAACUCAACAAAAGGAGCAAGAAUUUUUGAUACCCGAAACUUCAUCAUGGGAUUUAGUGGAGCAUGUUAAAUCUUCACGUUAUCGCAUCAUUGCAUCCCCAGUGGAGUUAUUUAAAUCUGUUAAGAAUGAGAUUGAAAUAAGAAAUGCCCGAAAGGCCCAAAUAAAAGACGCGGUGUGUAUAAUUGAAUAUUUUGCCUGGUUAGAAGAUCAAUUAGUCACGAAAGGUAAAUUACUUAAUGAAUUUGAUGUUGGAGAAAAAUUAAGACAAAUUCGAUCAACAACAUCUAAUUUCAUGGAAAAUUCCUUUGAGACCAUAUCUUCAAGUGGCUCUAAUGCCUCAAUAAUUCAUUAUGCACCUUCCAAAAAACAAUCAUCUUAUGUGGACCCAACAAAGAUAUAUCUAUGUGACACUGGAGCGCAAUUUCUGGAAGGCACUACGGAUAUCACAAGAACUAUCCACAUGCUCAACCCCACAGAGGAAGAAAUAGAAAAUUAUACGCUCGUGUUAAAGGGUAAUCUUGCCGUUGAGAGGUUAGUAUUCCCUGAGGGUACGACUGGUGUCGGUGUAGACACUGUAGCUAGACAAUUUUUAUGGUCACAUGGAUUAAACUAUAGACAUGGUACAGGUCAUGGAAUUGGAUCAUUCUUGAAUGUCCAUGAGGGGCCCAUUGGAAUUGGAACAAGGCCAGCACUGAAUGAUUAUGCAUUACAGGUCGGUAAUAUAAUCAGUAAUGAGCCGGGCUAUUAUAAAGACGGAAAAUAUGGUAUUCGUAUUGAGAAUGACGUAUUGGUGAAACGAGUCGAUAAACUAGAUUUUGAAGGUACCAAAUUUUUUACCUUCGAGAAUCUGACUGUUGUUCCAUACUGUAGAAAGUUAAUUAAUGUGAAGAUGUUGACAGAGGAAGAGAAGGAACAAAUUAAUCGUUACAAUACACAUAUAUGGAACACAUUGGAAGCAUUACUUCCACAUGAAAGUAUUACUUUGGCGUGGUUAAAGAGGGAAACGCAGCCUUUAUAG